AUGUCAUUCGGCUUCGGUGCUUCCGCUGCUAAACCAGCAUUCGGCGGUUUCUCCACUCCCAACCCCCAAGCCUCAACUUCCAAUACUGGUGGAUCACUGUUCGGCUCAGCUCCUGCUCAACCUGCCAAUCCAUCGACGUCGCUAUUUGGCUCCACCCAGCAGCCUCAGCAGCAGCAACAGCCGGCAACUGGAGGAGGAGGGCUAUUUGGAUCAACCGCUAAUCAACCUUCUGGAACUACAGGAGGAACAGGUUUGUUUGGAUCGACAGCUCCUCAGAAUACGAAUCAACCUUCCACAGGGGGGUUGUUCGGAUCAACCGCCCAACCACAGCAACAGCAGAGUAGUGGAGGAGGAUUAUUCGGAUCUACUUCUGCACCUGCACCUGCAAGUGGAGGAUUGUUCGGUUCUACAUCUGCUGCACCUGCACCGGCUGCUGGAGGAAGCUCGUUAUUUGGUGCUGCCAAACCUGCCGGAACUGGAUUAUUCGGAUCCACCAACGCUCAACCAGCUGCAGGAGGAUCAGGGUUAUUUGGACAAAGUGCUAGUAUCACUCAACCUUCUACCGGAGGUACAGGGUUAUUUGGUUCGCUUGCCCAACCACAACAACAACAACAGCAGCAGCAACAACAACAACAACAGGGAGGAAGCUCAUUAUUCGGUGGAUUCGGUCAACAAUCACAAGCUCCUAAACCUGCUGGAGGACUGUUUGGCGGAUUUGGUGCAUCUUCAACUACCCAACAACCCCAGCAACAACCUCAACAACAAGGAUUGUUCGGAUCUACCAACACCAAUAAUAACAAUGCUUUUGGACAACAGAGCACGGUGAUGGGUGCUUCUACUUCCACGACGAUAAAUCCUUUUGGAGUCAAGCAGGAACCGGAUAUCGAGACUAGGAUAAAACAGAUUCAAGGUGCUUGGGAUAGUAAUAGUCCGGAAUGUCGAUUCAAAUACUUGUUCUACAACGUCGUUGAGGAAGGUACAACGAGUCGGUAUGGUAGACCAGCAGGUGCGAAUGAUGAUGCCAAGUGGGCAAAGGCAUUGAGGGAUAAUCCAGACCCCAAUUGUAUGGUACCAGUGUUAGCGACGGGAUGGGCAGAUGUGAAGAAGCGAGAACAGCAACAGGAGAAUCUGGCCAGUGUGCAUCAGCAGCGAGUCAAGGAAUUGCAAGCGGCCCUCUCACACACUCGUCAAACAUCUCUAUCCGCCUCUAUCCGCUUAUCAAACUUACAAGCUCAGCAGACCCAGCUUCUCCAUCGACUGAUACACGUCGUAUCUCAAACACCUCAGUAUGUACCUAUAAUCCAAUCCAGUGCAUUCAAGCAGGAAGAAGCAGAGAUGCAAAAACAAUUGGAAUCAAUCAAAUCUGAAUUAGAAGGUAAAGGUAAAAACUCAAUUAGACCAUCUUCUUCAAUCUCCCUCAACAAUAAUGGUAGAAGUACACCAGUAGGUGUAAGUAAAGGAAGGUUGUUAGGACAAGUCAAUGAAUUGUGGGGACAAUUGGAAGAGAUCCGAAGAAAGAGGAAAUUAAGAAAUAUAAAUGGUGGUGGUGGAUAUGAUGGAAAUGGAGAAGGGUAUAAUAAUUGGUUAUCGGAUGAAAAAGCUUUAGCGGAAGUAGCUGAGAUUCUUUCGACUCAACAGAUGGCUUUGCAGAAAUUGAGUGGGUUGGUUCAUGAGGGAUUGGAGGAUACGGAUGUUAUGAGGCAGGGUUUGGGGAUGAUCAGUGGUAAUGAAAGAUGA